AUGCAUCUUAGCACUAUCGCACUUUGUUUCGCUUCAACUUUCCUGCUCACCGCAGGAAGCGUACUCCGAGAAAAGCGUCAGUGCGGAUGUGCUCCAGCCCAGACUCAGGCUCAGUGCUCGUGCGCACCAGCAGCAACUCAGCAGAUGUCGUGCACAUGCCAGAACCAACCUCAAUACACCCAACCUCAGGCUCAGUGCUCGUGUGCCCAGCAGACUCAGACUAUCCAAUACCCCACCACACAAUGUCAGCCUGCCUGCCAGCAAAGUUGCGCUCAACAAUGCUCUACUUCCACCUCGAGCAACUGCCAACAGAAUUGCCAGAGCUCCUGCCAAGCUUCGUGCACUCCAGUUUACACCCCCACCACACCAGCUCCGGUAGUCAGUCAAUGCCAGCCAGCUUGCCAGCAACAAUGCCAGCAGACGUGCGUCGCUCAGCAACAACCUGUGGCUCAGUGCAACAAUCAGUGCCAGCAACAGUGCAACGUCGCCUGUGAACCCCAACCACAGCAGCAGACUAUCCAGCUCCAGAUCACCCUUCCAGUUGCUCAACAGAGCCCACAAUGCCAGCCUGCUUGUCAGCAACAGUGCCAAAGCUCCUGCGUUGCCCAACAGGUGCCUGCUGCUCAAUGCUCUAACCAAUGCCAAUCACAAUGCUCGGACGCUUGCAAUACCUACCAGUCACCAGUCGCGACUAGCUCUGCUGCCUGUAUGCCACAGUGCCAAGACUCAUGCCAGACAUCGUGCGUCGCACAACAGCAGCCAGCCGCUCAGUGUGCUAACCAGUGCCAAAGCCAGUGCUCCAACACGUGUGGCGUCCAGUACCAGCCUGCCCCUACCACCGCUGCUCCAGUCGCUUGCAUGCCACAGUGCCAGAGCCAAUGCCAGUCGUCGUGUGUAGCCCAGCAACAACCGGUUGCUCAGUGCUUCGACUCCUGCAGCUCUCAGUGCUCGCAGAGCUGCGGUAAUGGUCAGAUUACCGUCCAGGCACAAUCACAGCCCCAAUGCAUUUCGGCUUGUAUGCCAGCAUGCGACAACACCUGUGUCGCCGCUCAGCAACCAGUCCAGAACCAGCAGCCGUCUUGUGCCCAGCAAUGCCAACCUCAGUGCACUCCCACUCAAUCAUCACCACAGUGCCAGCAGUGCCAAUCCGCUUGUGAUACACAAAGCUCUCCAGCUCAAGUCGUCCAGAUCAUGCUUCAGUCGAGCGUCGCUCAGAGCCCUCAAUGCCAACCUCAGUGUGAGUCUACUUGCGUCUCUCAAUGCACCCAGCAGAACCAACCAGCUGCUUCUUGCCAACCAGCCUGCCAACAGAGCUGCAGCAGCUCAUGCUCACCACCCGUUGCUGCUCAACCUGCCGUCGUCGCUUGUCAGGCACCUGCGUCUAACUCUGGUUGUCAGUGCCAAACCGGUUACUCGCCAUGCGCCAACAGCAACCAAUGUUGCCGCCGUCGCUAA